UUAUACCAGCUUAACCUCAAUAACACAUGAAAACUCAGCUACUUUACAGCCCUGACCCCACCUUCUUUCAGUUGUUAAUGUCACAAAAUUACAUCUUUAUGCAUCUUGUGUCCAAAAGCAUAGAUGAAUAAUUAGGUUUUUAAAUAUAUCAGUCUCUUAACAUAGAGAACCAAAAGUAGAGCUACAGACCAAAGUCAUAACAGUACUAGCGUUCAUAAUUGUCUGUCUGCUUACUUUUACCGGAGAUUAUUUCUUCAGAAGGCUUCGAGUUACUUGUUCAGUGCCCUUUCAUCUCAACCUGAAGGACCCCCUUCACUGCAGGGCCGGUCUAGUCAUCAGGGCAAGGCUUUCAGCUUUGGUUGAUCUGGGAAUGUCUUCAUUUCUUCCUCAUUUUUGAAGGACAGUUUUCCCAAAUGUAGGAUUCUUGGUUGACAGCUUUUUUCCUUCAAUGCUUUCAACACAUCAACCCAUGCCUUCUAGCCUCCAAGGUUUCUGAUGAGAAAUCUCCUCACAACCUUAUCAGUGAAAAUAUGAUGAAUAGCAAUGUUCCUCUGAGCUUUAUAGAUGUUAAUAAUGAGCCUUAUCGUGUUUUACACAACACAACGUUUCCUUAUACGUUGUAGCACCAUUUUGAGACCAGGAACUGAGUAUUUUAAGUGUAGACAUUACGAGGUCUAUACAAGCCAAAAUUACAGUUUUCUAAACUUGAAGUGAAAAGGCCACUGAACCAUCUUAUAGAUUUUGAUUUCUAACAAAGUAAAUAUCAAUCUUGAAAAGCCCACACAAACAAACAAAAAGCCCAUUGGGGGUCUUUUUUUUUUUUAUUGAGUAAAGGGGUUUUAGGAGUAAAAAGUGAGGAAACCACUGUGGUCUCAGACAUCCCCAGCCAUGAUUGCAUAAUUGGCCCAUUUCUUGCUGUGCCCUCACAAAGCCCCAUGGUGAAGUCAUGGCAAGACCUGUCUAUAUAAGACCCUGGCUCGGCUGGGUGUUUGGUCUUUACAGCCCAGGAAGCCUUGGUGACCUGUCGGCCUUUGACCCUAGCUAGUUUGAUUUCGAUUCUCUUUUUUUCAUUUUGUUUAUUUUUUUAUUUUCAUUUUUCUUUUUUCUCUACUCCUUUUCUCUCCCAACUUUUUUUUGCCUUUUUCUGUUUUUACUUUUUUCUUUUUUUUCUCCUUUUUUAGUUUUUCUUUUUCUCAACUUUUCUUCAUUUCCUCCCUUCAUUUUCUUUGUGUGUGUGUGUGUGUGAGUGUGUGUGUGAGUGUGUGUGUGCGCGUGUGUGUUUUUCAUUUGUUUUUUUUUGUGUGUUAGCGUUUUAGUACAGUUAGUAUAGUUCAUAUUGUUAGUAUAGUUCAUAUUCAUAGUAUUGUUAGUAUUUGCAAAUUUUGUAGGUUGUUAUUGUUGGUUAGCAUAGUCCGUGUAAUUAGCAUUAUUUAGCGUUAGUAUAGUUAGUAGGUCACCAUGCUUCAGGGGCGUAAGGCCAUUACCGCUGGUGAGGAGGACUUCUGUAUUUACGAGAUCCCCGAGAUCACCAGUGAGGGCAGCGUCCCCCCCAGGAAGCAGUCUGAUGUGACGUUCAUCAAGAAAACCCAGAAGGACCCCGCUGGCCUCCAGGGACUUUGUCGUGAAGCCCAGAAUAUGAAGACCUCAAGUCACCCAAGUGUUGUCAAGUCACUUGAGGUGAUCAACACCAAGGAAACGUUGGUUCUCCUUUCAGAAUACGUAAGCAGAGACAACCUGCGUGACGAUUUUACACACCAUGGCCAAGUGACGGAGGAGGUUCCAGACACAUUCUGCCGGCUGUUAUCGGUGGUGGAGUACUGCCACCAACAAGGUAUGAUAGGCGGGUAUCUGAAGCUGGAGACACUGCUUUUUGGCAAGAAGCUGAAGGUAAAACGCACGGGGGUUGGACUGAGCAUCCAGUUUGCUGGCUACAAACUCCACACUUUCUGGGACAGCCCCCCUUAUUCUGCCCCGCGACUCUUCCUGCAGCAAAGGGAGGACACCCCUUCUGCAAGCGCUUGGAACCUGGGGGUGGUUUGGUACUGCUUGGCCACCGGGUUGGAGCCGUUUGAGGGGGAAGUCUUCUGGGACGCGGAACGAAAUAUCGAAAACAGGGAGCACAGUGCUCUGGUUUUCAUGUCCCUGGAGAGUGAAAACAUGUGGUACACGUUGACAACUAUCCAGCCCACGAUCAACACACCAACCACAGUCCGCUGCUGGAGCUCCCUCGCAACCUGUUCCAGCACAGGCCUGUCCUCAGAGCGGAGUAGUCUGACCUCCGAAGGGACCAGCAUAGGGACCACGAUUAGCGGGCCCAGAUUCAACUCGCCAGCCACAAACUCCGACACCAGCAGUGAAUACAGGCAGCCAGGGAGGAUGUCCCUAGAGCCAAAAAAUCAGGUUCUCAAACCUCUCAAUAAAUUAAAAAAUGUAUUUAAAAAAAAUAACAAAAUACAACCCUAAAAAAUGUAAAUAAA